UCUUCAUUAUUUCCCGGAAUAUAAUUUUUCUCCGGCAGCGUUGAUUACAGUAUCAGUCAUUGAGAUUACAGUAGGCCUGGACCCAAAAACAUACAGUACAGUUGGUCCUAAUACAAAUCAAGUGCUCCACGAAACCAAAGAAUAUAGAACGCACCCGAUCGAACUCACACAAUGUAAACAAUAAUUCACACAUGGACGAGUGUCAAAGGUAUAAUAGGACAUUUAUUUUUGAGUUGUGUAACGGAAAAAAGAUAGAAAUAAGAAUUCCAGAGGUACUUGAUCCCAGAUAUGGUAUGUACAUUUGGCCAUCAGCUGUUGUCCUAGCUCAGUAUAUUGUUUUUAAGAGCGAGUUUAUUGAAAGGAAGCAAAUCCUUGAGUUAGGUGCAGGUACAAGUCUACCAGGCAUUGUAGCUGCUAAAUUGGGAGGAGACGUUGUCCUCUCUGACAGCUCCCUUCUUCCUCAAUGCCUUGAAAAUUGUAGAAGAAGUUGUAGAGAAAAUUAUAUUGAAGACCAAGUGAGUGUUGUUGGUAUAACUUGGGGGCAGUAUUCACCAGCUCUCAUAAAUAUUCCUCAAGUUGAUAUUGUGCUAGCUAGUGACUGUUUUUAUGAUGAGAAAGAUUUUCAAGACAUUGUGGUUACAAUUGCAUUCAUACUGAAUAGGAACCAGAAUGCCAAAUGCUGGGUUACAUAUCAGGAGAGAAGCUCUGAUUAUUCCAUUGUACAUUUGUUGCGCAAGUGGAAACUACGAUGUUGUCACAUUCCUCUCGAAACUUUUAAUGCAUCAUCCUCAUCAAUUGCUGAGUCUCAUCUCCCAGGCAACCAUACUGUUCGAAUGAUGGAAAUAACUUGUUAAAUUGAUUGUGUAAAUCAAUGAAAACAAUAGUAAUUAAAUAAGAGCAGCAUAGUUGGUUCAAACUAGUUGUAACGACUGAAUUUGCGCUCUGUUUAUGCUGGAUAACCAUCUUUCUGAGAUGCACCAUAAAAUGUAGUACAUAAUUUACAAAAUAUUAAGCAGAGGGUUGUUUCAUGGUGUACUAAACUGAUUACCAGCAGCAACACUUGCAAAGCAUGUGGACCCAAUGGCUUGGGAAAAGAGCUGCCCUUUAUAACCCCAAAGAAAUGGUGCAUUAUAAAUGCCUAUAACAGAACCAGUAACUGCUCAUGUCCCCAUCGUCGUGGUGUUGCACUGUGUGUGCUAUGGGUCGGCAAAGGCCCAAAAUAAAACUAAGAGCAAUGGACAUAUCUGGAGUGUCAAUCAAACUUAACAAUCUGACCAAUAAGAACAUGUUUUAAUCCGAGUGUUUUAAUGGCAAUACGCGCAUGUCCAAGAAAUAUGUAUUCACGAAUGCAACUACAGGUCUCCAACCAAUUAAAAACCACUUUUGCACUCGAGUUUCCAUGGUGUUUAGUAGCAUUGGUCUCUAAUUAGAAUAAAGGUAAAAGAAAUUUGUUGAUUUGGGACCACAGAAAAGUGGUCUUUAAUUGAAGGUGUUAAUUGAAGAUGGAGACAUGUACACUAAGUUGUAUUGUGGGAAGAGGAUACCUACAGUAGUUAUUUUAGUUUACUGACCUCUACAGUGGUGGCUCAAGAAAUUUAAAGACAGUUGGUCAAAGAAAUCAGUCGGUAUCCCUAGUAAAUAAAGUGCAUAAAAUUGUAAUUAUAAAUGUUAUCUUUAGUGUAACUGAAUGUGAUUUUCUUAUGUAUUUUACUUUAAUUGUAGCAAAAUUUUAUCUGAAUCAAUUUUGAAUUUGAAUAAUUUGUGUUAAAUAAUUAAUAGUUAAGCCGGUUACUCACUGCGCCGACGGCGACGCGAUGGCAAUGCGACGAAGAACGCACGCGAAGACGCGGGCCCAACGCAUCGUCUUUUUAAUAAGGAUCCGUUCAGAUUGCCACUGACAAUCAGCAGACACCGUUGCGUCGUCUAUUGCUCGCCGGAAGCAAAUGUGGAUUCGUCGUGCGACGGUCGUACGGCCGUCGUACGACGCAGUGAGUGUCCGGCUUUACAGCGCUGCAGUAGCGCAGUAUUAAUAAUGUGUUAUCCAUAUGUACUUAAGCAAAUUUUCUCUCUCUACCCACGAACAUGAUUAGUACCUGGUCUGAUUGUGCUAAGAGACCGUUCCACUCCGGGAAGGUCUAUUAACACAAUCGAACCAGGUCAAAGCUUACAGCUGACCGAUCAGAACAGGGCACGCAUGUUUUCCUACAAACUCACGUCUUUGCGUAUGUUUUUGUAUAAUGAAUGUCCAGUAUACUUGCUGUUUGUUCAUGGUUUGUGUUUCAAACUUGUAAUU